AAAGGAUAAGUCCUAAGCUUUUAAUUGAAUCCCACGUAGAUGAAAACAUUGAGUCCAAAAAAUGGUACUACACAUGGUGACUCUGAUGAAACUUCAUUUACAACUAGCAAAGCCUGCAGCGGCUGGUUUUUCAACUAGCGUAGUAUUGCUACUCAAAUUGUUGAUUGGUUUCAGAUUCUUCAGAGACGAAGCACUUUACCAGUCAAGAUUGUUUCUUUUCAGAUUAGGUCAAAUAGCUUUCAAUACUGAACCCCAAACUUCCAACGUAGCUAGAAUGGGACGUGCUUUAAGAUUAAUCUUCCCAACUAACACCACCGUCACAGCUUCGAAUUCAACAUCUUCGCAAUCAGACCGUGACUUGGAAAAUGAACAGGAGGAAAUGUUUUACGCUCUUUCAAUGCUCGCACUUUGAUUGAUUACGUGAUUAUCGCUCACUUUAUUUCUAGUUCUACUAAUUACUACUUCCAGUUUCUGUUUUCUUUCCUUUUUUGCUUUAUUUCAAUUCACCGUUCUUCAAUAAUCGUUGAACUCGGUGUUUAUUGUUGUAAUUUGGAUCUGAUCUUUACCUUUUUCAUGUGUUGUAUAUAUUUGAUUUGAUUUGAUUUCUGUUUGGAUUUGAUACUACUAUUUCGAUCAUUUUAAUUAUUUGUGUGAUUUACUUGUUUAAUUUGAUUUGUGUGAGGAUAAAUUUGUUAUAACAAAAA